GUGUGUGUUGGGGGGGUGCAGUCAUCAUCUUCAUCAUCAUCAUCAUCCUCAUCAUCAUCAUGGCCGCCAAGUCUGACGGCGUGCUGAGGAUGAAGAAGAGCGACGUGGCCUUCACGCCUCUGCAGAACUCUGAACACUCUGGUUCUGUCCACGUGCUGCCGCCGAGUCUGAGGACCGCAGACUCGGACUUGGCCAACGGCGGAAGUGGCGGCUCGGCGCGCCCAGACCGGAACCAUCAGACGAUGUGGGAGUGCCUGUGGAUCCUGGCCGCCAUGCUGGUCUACGUGGCGGACGUGGGCACGGACGUGUGGCUGGCGGCGGACUACUACGUGCAGCGGGACUACUGGUGGUUCGGCCUGACCCUGGUCUUCGUGGUCCUCGGAUCCUUCUGCGUGCAGCUCUUCAGCUUCCGCUGGUUCCUGCACGACCUGGUCCCCGAGGACGAGGCGCCGGACCCGCUGGACGCGCUGCUGGGCGGGGAGGUCAGUCCGCAUCAGCCCCCGCAGAGGCAGGCGUCCACGGCCAGCAGGACCACCAACACCAACACCAGCACCACCAGCACCAACACCAACACCACCACCACGCCGAGGACACCACCCGCCUCACUCUCUGUCUGCGUCUGCGCGUCUCAGGCACUCCUGCACAUCCUGCACCUGGGACUCAUGUGGAGGUACCUGACUGCCAUCUACCUGGGUGUGUGCAGCCGUCAGAGCGGUGAGACGCAGCGUUGGCGUUACCGCUGGAGGAUGACCUACCAGUUUGCUGACGUCAGCAUGCUGCACCUGCUGGCCACCUUCCUGGAGAGUGCUCCGCAACUGGUGCUGCAGUUGUGCAUCGUCAUCCAGACCCAGGAACUGCUGGCCGUGCAAGGCAUGACGGCGGGCGCCUCCCUGGUGUCUCUGGCCUGGGCCCUGGCGUCGUACCAGAAGGCGCUGAGAGAGUCCCGCGACGACAAGAAGUCCAUGGGCUACCUGGCCGUGGUGGUCCAGUUCUGCUGGCACUUCUUCACCAUCGCGGCCAGAGUGGUGACCUUCGCCCUGUUUGCGUCCGUCUUCCAACUCUACUUUGGCAUCUUCAUCGUGCUGCACUGGUGCUUCAUGACCUUCUGGAUCGUGCACUGUGAGACCCACUUCUGUGUCAGCAAGUGGGAGGAGAUCGUCUUCGACAUGGUGGUGGGAAUCAUCUACAUCUUCUCCUGGUUCAACGUCAAGGAGGGACGCACCAGGUGUCGUCUGUUCAUUUACUACUCUGUGAUCCUGGGGGAGAACGCCGCCCUCAGUGCAUUGUGGUACGUUUACCGCGCUCCCGCCGCCACCGACUCCUUGGCGGUGCCGGCGCUGUGCGUCAUCUUCAGCAGUUUCCUGACAGGGGUGCUGUUCCUGCUCAUGUACUACGCCUUCUUUCACCCCAACGGCCCACGCUUCCCGCACUCGCCCAGCCGCCAGCGCCUGGACCCGGACGCCGCCGCCCACUUUUCCGCGCUCCCGUCCGAGGGCGCCGCCGACUCCCUGCGCUCCAACCCGGGCACCGCCGCCACCACGCUGGAGCGUGACGCCAAGCACUCGGAAAGGGACGGCUGCGUGCCGGUGUUCCAGGUGCGACGCGCCGUGCCGUCCACGCCGUUGUCUCGCGCUCCUCGCCUCGAGGAGACCGUCAUCAAGAUUGACCUGUGCAGGAACCGCUACCCGGCCUGGGAGCGCCACGUCCUGGACCGGGGCAUACGCAAAGCCAUCCUGGCCAUCGACAGCUCUGUGACGCCGCGCCUGCAGUAUAAGGAUGACGCUCUGGUCCAGGAGAGGUUGGAGUACGAAACCACGUUGUAGUGCGCAGCAACGACGACUCUGGCAAUAAAAGGUUCCUACUGGUCUGAAGGAAGAUGGUGGACCUGCUCUCUGCUCUCAGGAGAGGAGAAUCUCUUUUUUUUUUACCGAGUCUCAUCAGGGAAGUCCUGUGGGAUACAAGCCAAAACCUGAGACCAUGUGUUGAUCCAGGUUGGUCGGGGUCAGCACAUCCAGGAUAAGUUGUUGGAUUCAGACCCUGAGAGAACACUUUGAUCUAGGUUGGUUGGGAUCAACACCUCCAGGAUACGUUGUUGUUGGAUUCAGACCCUGUGAGAAUACUUUGAUCCAGGUUGGUUGGGGUCAACAUAUCCAGGAUAAGUUGUUGUUGGAUUCAGACCCUGA